CCACGCUGCUGUUUUGUCUCCCCCUCCCACGUUCCUCCUUCGCCCACCACCAACAACUUUCCCACCGAACACACCGGCAACGCCCACCCACGACACCAGCUCGAAAUCCAGCAACACCCAUCGAACGCCACCCGCGCACCACCACCCUCAUCGGCACAGGCCACGCCCACAGUCCAAAAAUCGACCAGCCGAACGUCACCCACGGCACCAGCUCAGAGUCUCACUGACAUUACGUCGUGUACCGGUAAGAAGAAGAUGCAAAACAUGUAUCAAGAAGGGAGCCGCAUGGGCUAUGUCUUCUGGAGGAUCUCAUGGGCAGAUACAAUUCCUGGUGAAGCAAGGUUCGGUUAAGCCGCUGUGUGACCUUCUUAUUUGUGCAGAUCCAAGGAUCGUGGCAGUGUGCCUUGAAGGGCUUGAGAGCAUUCCGAAGGUGGAAGGUAUUCUUGCAGUGCUCGAUCAGGAGAAGGAAGAGAUUACAGAAUGGUGUUUGAAGGGACCAAUGAAUGAAGCUUUCACUCUGAGUGAUAUUUCACAUCCUUCACAUUUCCUCUUCUUCCUCAUCUUCUCUAUCUCUCUCUAUCUUUUUCUUGAAACCCCAACUUUCUUCUUCAAGACUGUGAAAGAGAAAACCGAGAAUGGAUUUUUAGAGUGUUAUAUGUGUUGUACUAUGCGACCACCACUUUGGGCUAGGAAAGCGGCUAUUGAGCAGGACAAGCUAUUAAAGGGAGGUUCAGAUGAAAUCCUAAGUUUGGAAGGUAUUGGUUCUAGUGGUUUUGUCCAUGUCAAUAUAACAACAACAGUAUUCUUCGUUGUGAUUGCUUCAUGUUCCCUGGCUAUGCUUUACAAUCAGAUGAAAUCCUAAGUUUGGAAGGUAUUGGUUCUAGUGGUUUUGUCCAUGUCAAUAUAACAACAACAGUAUUCUUCGUUGUGAUUGCUUCAUGUUCCCUGGCUAUGCUUUACAAACUUCUGUCGACAUGGUUUAUUAAGCUUUGUGAUAGCUUUGUUAUCACAUUGCAGACCACACACCCAAGUGGAGCAGCCUGUGAUAUCUUUAGCUCUUCAACCAGUUUCCAAAGAUUCAGGAGGACAGUUUUCGAAGGCUUUGACUCGUUUCCAGAGAGAAGUUCCUACUAUCCGAAUUGGGUUGGAUGCUGAGAGUGACCAAACAAUAAAUUCUGGGUUAGGAGAGCUGCAUUUGGACAUAUAUGUUGAGUGGAUUAGGAGAGAGUACAAGGUUGAUGCAACUGUACAGACAAAUGAGAUGGGUGGAAAAGAUGGUCAAUUUGGUAAGAAGUUUGGAAGAGUUUCCGUUCUUGCGGGUUACCUUCGAAUGGAGCUGUGUAUGUUCAACCAUGUUCUUAAAAAUACAAGAAGAAUCACGCGAGAACCACAUCACGUGACAACGGAGCAGCUUGGGCAGGUGAGUGAGAACAGCACUGGAAAAAAGGUCUGGGAAGCUGUACAGAUUGAACACGUGUUGAGAAGAGCAGCUUGGGCAGGUGAGUGAGAACAGCACUGGAAAAAAGGUCUGGGAAGCUGUACAGAUUGAACACGUGUUGAGAAGAGCAGCUUGGGCAGGUAAGUGAGAACAGCACUGGAAAAAAGGUCUGGGAAGCUGUACAGAUUGAACACGUGUUGAGAAGAGCAGCUUGGGCAGGUGAGUGAGAACAGCACUGGAAAAAAGGUCUGGGAAGCUGUACAGAUUGAACACGUGUUGAGAAGAGCAGCUUGGGCAGGUAAGUGAGAACAGCACUGGAAAAAAGGUCUGGGAAGCUGUACAGAUUGAACACGUGUUGAGAAGAAGAAGUAAGGUUGCUUAUUUCAUGUUUACUGCAGUGGGUCACGUGUCCUGUUGGUCUGAUUUGGGUUACAUGUGUGUCCCUAUCACCUUGAAUAUGUCAAAAGCUUAUUUGUCCUUUAUUAGGGGUGAUUUUGGAGGCUACCUAAGAUGUACAAUAGCAUCCUUUAUUAUGGGCAAGAAGAAAUCGUGGGAAAAGGAAUGCUUUCAGAAAAAUGUUGUCUCCUGUGAAAAUAAUGAUGCUGAACAAGGGACAUUACAUGUCUUUGGGCCUGACAUGUCUACAAAAUCUGCUGGGUUUCCUCUCAUCUUUAAGAAAUUAAAGGGUCUUGUGCUAGUUUUAUUACGAG